AUGGGUGGCCAAGUCUCCAAGAUGAUGGGGAAGAUCUUCGGCACGAAGGAAAUGCGUAUCCUCAUGCUGGGUUUGGAUGCUGCUGGAAAAACCAGUAAGGUCCUCUUCCGCUCGGUGGACGUGACCACCAUCCCCACCGUUGGCUUCAACGUCGAGAGUGUCACCUAUAAGAACGUCAAGUUUAAUGUAUGGGAUGUCGGUGGCCAGGACAAGAUCCGGCCUCUCUGGAGACACUACUACUCUGGCACACAAGGUUUGAUCUUCGUGGUUGACUCUAGCGAUACCGCCCGCCUAGAGGAGGCUCGCUCGGAGCUGCACAAGAUCAUCAAUGACCGCGAAAUGAAGGAUGCUCUUCUGCUUGUCUUUGCCAACAAGCAAGAUGUCACCGGCCGUACGCAUCCCUUAUCCCCCUUUCUUUUGUUAUUUUUUGCAAACUCAAUGCUGACCGAUCACGAAGACUUGAGCCCGGAAGAAAUCACUCAACAGCUCCAGUUGACCAAGUUGAAGGACAAGCUGUGGUACGUUGCGCCCAGUGUCGCGACAGACGGUACUGGUAUUUUCGAGGGACUGGCGUGGCUCUCCAACAACGUCAAAACUCAGACGCAGAAAUAA